CGUCGGGGGUUAUGGUCAGAAAGACGGAAACACUGGAGAGGGUCCUGCGUUACUGGAACGGCAGAAUGAGACACCCAGGAGCUUUGCUUGUUCUGGCUGCGGCCGUCUUCCUGUGUGGUGCCAUACCUGUGGACGAGAAACACGGGGGAUCGGACACUAAAUGUCCGCUCACCGUCAAAGUCCUGGACGCUGUGCGCGGGACGCCAGCCGCGGGAGUGACGUUGCAGGUCUUCCGGAAGGCCAAGGACGGAUCGUGGGCGGAGGUUACGCGUGGAGCCACCGAUGCAACGGGCGAAGUCCACGGCCUGAUUUCUGAGCAGGAUUUCACGGCGGGAGUGUACAAGGUGGAGUUCGACACAAAGGCGUAUUGGAAGGCGGAAGGGAGGACGCCCUUCCACGAGCAGGCGGAUGUGGUGUUCCAGGCGCACGCGGAUGGACGGCAUCACUACACUCUGGCCUUGCUGCUCAGUCCUUUCUCCCACACAACAACCGCCGUCAUUACAAAAGCUCAGUAAUGCCAACGCACACCUUUUUAUUAUGCAAAUAAACGGGCAACAAUACCCAGUUGUCCUCAGGGGGACCCUUUCCUCCCCCCUCCUAAAUUAUUUUUCUCAGAAUUAAAUUUGGAGUGACCCUAUGAUUAGAAGUUACGCAUUGCCCUUUUUAUAUUUUUUUAUAAGCGCACCAUCUGGGUACAAAUAUUAUAGUAAAUUGCCACACAUAACAGCAAAAAAAAUGUAUAAAAAUUAGGUGUGGAGAAGAAAUAAAGUCUCCGAACUGUGAAGGUUAUUCACAAAAUUAUACAUGGUGGUUUCUACAUGAAAAAUAUUUGUGCUUAUAAUUCAGUGAAGUGGCUUUAUCAUAGACUAGGGGGUCUAACUGACAAGGGCGGGUUACAUUCGACCCUGUGGCAUAAUAUACGUGUUACAUGAUUGCAUUUCUGUGUGUCUUUACCAAAUAAAUACAAAAUAAUACAUUUCACAA